CGUCAUAAGAAGGUGCGUCAGACCUUGCGUCACUCCAUAUGAUUUUCCUUAUUCCGUUUAAAUAAUGAGCUUUCACAAGAUUCUCGAGGUGCAUGACCACAUACAUUUAUAAUGACGAAUUGGACACUCUCUUAGAUGAUCUAAUUAAACAAUUAAAAGUGAACGCUAGUGAUAUUUGUGAUAUUUUUUUGUUGAAUAAUGUUACAAAAAACUCGGAGCAAGGUAGUGCGACAAGUGUUUUGAUAUUUUCCAAACUGAACUAGGUGCUUUUUUGAACAAAUAACAUAUUUCUAUUAAAAUUUCGUUGUUAAAUAAUGGGAUUACUGUUUGCCAAACUUUGGAGCCUUUUCGGCAACGAAGAACACAAAAUUGUUAUAGUAGGAUUAGACAAUGCUGGAAAAACGACGAUAUUGUAUCAGUUUUUAAUGAAUGAAGUCGUUCAUACUAGUCCUACUAUUGGUUCAAAUGUAGAAGAGGUUGUGUGGAGGAAUAUCCAUUUUAUUAUGUGGGAUCUUGGGGGACAACAGUCCUUGAGGGCAGCUUGGAGUACAUAUUAUACGAAUACCGAGGGACUCGUGAUUUCUGUAUUUGAACAUGGUAAUCAAAACUCAACAGACAAAGAAAGGUUAACGGUGAUAAGAGAAGAAUUGUACAAAAUGUUAGCGAACGAAGAACUAUCAAAAGCAGGCGUCUUAGUGUACGCCAAUAAACAAGACGUCAAAGGUUCGAUGUCUGCGUCGGAAAUAUCCAAAGAACUCGAUCUAACCUCAAUCAAGCAACAGCAAUGGCAUAUACAGUCUUGUUGUGCCCUUACGGGCGAAGGGUUAUAUCAAGGCUUAGAAUGGAUAGUAAGCAGGCUGAAGAAAAAAUGACACCGUCACAGAUUCUAAUUUAGAAAUAUUUCGUUAUCGUUUUGUAAAAAAAAAUUAAAAAAAAAAUCUGAGGACACUUGUACAGAAAGUUUCUCAUAUUGAGAAAAUCAACAUCUGAUUUCAGUAAAAAAAAUCGACCGUUGUUUUCUAUUUUACAAAAUGCUCUUUUGCUUCAAGUACAGGGUGUUCUAAAACGUAAAGAAAAUCUAUAAGCGUUUCAAUAUUAUAAAUAUUUUUUAUUUGCAAUUCAAAUGAUGGAAGUUUUAUAUUUUUGAUUCGUAUUUCAGAAACUUUCAACAGUUCAGGUAUUAAUAAAUUCUCAUCGUAUUUUCGCUAUAUUUAUAUUGAUUAUCCACAAAAAAUAAUAAUUAAGCAAAUUUAGAAAUACAAUUAUGAUUGGUAAAUAAAUUGCUUUUGGUUUCGGCUACAUCACACUAAUGUUUUAGAACAUCCUCGUUAUAUUUAGAGCAAGUUAUUACGAAUAAAUAAUUAAAAUAAACGAUAAAAUCGAUUCACUGCGAGAGAAAGAUCAUACAAAAUCGGGUUAGUAGAAUAAUGUUGACAAACUCAGGUAAAUAAUUUUUUGUGGAAAUUUUGAUUUGAUAAAAAAAUAGCAAAUUUAUUGUUUGAUUCUCGCUUAUAACAUAAAUCAGUUAGGAAUAAAAUUUGGUGUCACACAUUCUAAAGAAAAAACUUUUUUCGUGUCUUAUCCUCGCAUCGUUUUAUUCUACGAUACUACACUGGAGAACAAACAUUAUUACACCUCUCCAACUACCAAAAUACUCUUCAGUUUCUAUCUAUGCUCUACUAUGCGACGAGGAGUAAGAGGAACUGUUAUUUAUUUUUAUCAC